UGAACUGCUCGCGUCAACAGUGGCGGUGGGGGUUUAAAACUGCUGCCUCUGUCAGGCUACUUUCAGUGACUCGCAUAGGGGUAGAGGAGUGCUUCAAAGACAGGACAUUUGUUUCUUUGAAGAAGAAGAAGAAGAAAUAAAUAUAACCUAAGGGAGAGAAAAACUAUAGCCAGGAUAUGGCGAAUAAAGCACCAGAGCCCAUUUCUCUGCACCUGGCGGAACUCACUGCCACCCAGUUUCUCGACAUCUGGAAUAAAUUCGAUGCUGAUGGGAACGGCUGCAUUGAAGGGAAGGAACUGGAACAUUUCAUUCGUGAGCUCGAGAUAGCGCGGAAAAGUGUGGAUCCUUCAAAUGCUUCAUUCAAAGACAGGAUGAAAGAGUUUAUGCUGAAAUUCGAUGAGAACGGCGAUGGGAAGAUUGAGAUGUCAGAGCUGGCCCAGAUCCUGCCAACAGAGCAGAAUUUUCUAUUGUGCUUCAGACAGUAUGUGGGAUCCAGUGCAGAGUUUAUGGCAGCUUGGAGAAAAUAUGAUACUGACCGUAGCGGAUACAUUGAAUCCAAUGAACUGAAGGGCUUUCUCUCAGAUCUGUUGAAGAAAGCAAACAGACAUUACGAUGACAAGAAACUGAAUGAGUAUACACAGACCAUACUUAAAAUGUUUGACCUGAAUGGUGAUGGGAAACUGGGAUUGUCCGAGAUGGCUAGACUGCUUCCUGUGCAAGAGAAUUUUCUGCUCAAGUUUCAGAACUUCAAACUAUCUGCUGGAGAAUUUGAAGCAAUUUUCAACUUUUAUGACAAGGAUGGAAAUGGUUACAUUGAUGAACAUGAACUGGAUGCACUGCUGAGAGACCUCUAUCAAAAACAUAAAAUGGUUGUUGACCCUCAAAGUCUGGCUAGCUCAAAGAAAAGCAUCAUGGCAUUGUCUGACGGAGGGAAGCUGUUCCGCACAGAGCUGGAGAUUGUGUUAUGCAAGGAUCCGUCAGUGUGAACUCUGAGCUCUUAACUCUCACUUCUUCCUCUGUACCUUCACCCACCCCAAUCUAGCCAAAACAGGUGCAUGUGGUGGCUCUGUUCCACCUCUUAUCCUGUCAAAGUUAAUCAGCAUCCACAACGUACCCCUCUCUCCGUGGCAUGCCUUUCCCAAAGAUAUGGCUUCUCGAUGUGUGCAUCUCUUGCUUGUCUUUUUUAUGUCAAAACAUAAUUCUGACAUUGUGGUAUAAUAAUGGAUAUUUGGUCUUUGGUCUUAUUCUCCUGCUUGUACCAAAGUUUGUUAAUUCAUAUGUGCAGUCUGCUCUUUGUCUCUGUUUCCUCUAUUCCUCCCUCUUUUUUUCUCUUUCCAAUCUCUCCCACAUCUCCUUUUUUUUGUUCCUAGCAGGCUGUAGACUGUUCUGUUUUGCCAACACUGCUAAAAGAAUUACUGAAAUAAAGAUCAGAUAAGACAUUUUACCUUCAA